CGCCUACCCACUCUCCACCCGACCCCCUCCACUUGCUUUCCCGUCCCACUCCGCCCCGGUCGCCGUCGACGCCGUCUGCUGCUGCACUUUUUACGCUGGCCUCGGUCGCCUCCUCUGCCAGCGCAUCCGGAGCAUUGCCAGGGCGAUCGGCCCCGUUGGCCUGCCAGAUCUAUUUACAGUACCCGCGACCCGACGGCAAUCCGCAUCGAAGGCUCAGCAAGCGGAGCGAAGCUUAAAGUUGGGUGGCUUCCAGGGGUUCAUGGGGGCCAAGCCCGGCUGUGCGGAUAAGAUAUCUUAAACAAACAUUACGCGGGUUGGCGGCCAUUACGACGAUCCUCUCCCCUCGCUUCCCUCGCCUUCGCAUCACCUCCUUUCCUCCCUUUUCCUCGUUCACACACUCUCCCUCGAGGCUGUUCGUCCCUGCAGUCCUCCGCUCGCGCUGCAAGAAUGGGCUGGCCAACGUGCAAUUCCACCGUCGAAGACGAGACCAUCACCGAAGUCGAACUUUGGGAUGGCGGUCUCACCUUCCAUGACCUCUGCCUGAUUGUGGGCGGCAUUUUCGGGCUUUUAUCGAUAGUGAUCUCCUUCUACUUGAUUUUCAUGCACGCCACGCAUUACAGCAAAAAGAUAGAACAGCGGCAUAUCAUUCGAAUCCUGCUCAUGGUCCCCGUUUACGCCAUUGUCGCAUGGCUCGGUACCUACUUCUACAAGAACGAUGUCUACUACGACGUGAUUGGCAAUUGCUACGAGGCAUUCGCGAUUUCCGCUUUCUUCUCCCUGAUGUGCGCAUACGUCGCCCCCGACCUGCAUAGCCAGAAGGAAUACUUCCGAGGAGUCGAGCCAAAGCCAUGGGUCUUCCCGAUCCCGUGGAUGCAGAAAUGUUCGGGAGGGGAGAAUGGCAUCUGGAGAACUCCGCGCAGUGGUCUGACAUGGUUCAACGUCAUCUGGGUGGGCGUGUUCCAAUACUGUCUUCUCCGAGUCCUCAUGACCGUUGUCGCGGUCAUCACGCAAAGCUUCAAUUUGUACUGCGAGGAGUCACUCAACCCUGCGUUUUCGCACAUCUGGGUCUUGAUCGUCGAGUGUAUCGCAGUCACGAUCGCCAUGUACUGCCUUAUCCAAUUCUACAUCCAGAUCAAGGACGAUAUCAGCCAGCAUUCGCCAUUCCUGAAAAUCCUUUCCAUCAAGCUCGUGAUUUUCUUGUCCUUCUGGCAGUCGACCCUGAUCUCCUUCCUCACCUCCGCGGGUGCGAUCAAGGCAAGCAGUAAACUGCAGGACCCGGAUCUCAAAGUCGGACUCCCCAAUCUUUUGAUCAACAUCGAAAUGGCCUUCUUCGCUGUCCUGCACCUGUGGGCGUUCUCCUGGAAGCGCUACACCCUCAACGCCCAGACGGCUGAGGUGACGGACUUCUACGGGAACGGAAAAGCCACCUAUGACGGCGGUCGGUUUGGCACGAAAGCCUUGCUGGAUGCGCUGAACCCGCUCGACCUCAUCAAGGCCAUUGGGCGCAGUUUCCGCUGGCUGUUUGUUGGCCGGAAGAGGCGCACUCUGGAUCCCAGCUACCACAUUCGACCCGAAUCCAUCGGAUUAGACGCCACGGAGACCGGAGCGGAACACGGCACUGCCUAUGGGGGCGCCGGCGCGAUGAUGGGCGGCGGGCGUUACGGGGCACCGGGUGAAGAAGGACAGGUGCUUUUGUCGCAUGCGCAGCCCAGCCCGGCUGGACUGGCCCCUCCGAUCGAGGACGACAACGACCCGAACCGUUUCUACAACCACAACCGCCUGAGCGCCUCGUCACUGCUGGAACCCUCGCCUUCCCACUCGCCCCGACCCUACUCCCCCUACGAUGACGCCUAUAACCCUUAUUUGGCCAACUCGCAAUUCGAACACGACCAUGACUACGAGUCUACCCCCGGCAACCCGCCGUACCCCAAUCCGCCGUACCCAGAGGAUCCUCAUCCGGUCCAUCUCUACCACCCAGACACGGCCCUACAAGAGCAACCCCCCAUCCCUCUCCCGGAGUCCUACCAACCCCCUCCACCCCACUACGACAGUGACCAUCAACGACGAUAGAGAGCACUGCCAUACAGGGAAGACUUCAUCGGAUAUCGUUGUUGCCUGUUCCACUUGUCCUGCACCACCCACCCCUCCCGUGGGCAGUGCCAUGCUAGCUGCUGCUGUCUUUGUCUCCCGGCGUUGGUUUUUGUCGUAUAAUACCCUCU